GCAUUGGUAUAAAAACCAGCGGCGCCCAAUCGAGAGCAGUCAGUAGCCUUCGAGCAGUCUAACACAGAAGUGCACGAUGAGAGUUCUGAUUGUCGCCGCCGUCCUCGCCUGCGCCGCAGCCGCGCCCUCCGGUCUGCUGGGAGCAUCUUACGGCCAUGGCCUUCUUGGUCACGCCGGUCUUGCGGCAGCCCAUGCGGCUCCGUACGCCCUAGCCGCCCCUCUGGCUGUGGCUACCGCCCCCUUGGCUGUAGCCCACGCCGCCCACGUCGCUGCCCCCGUGGCUGUUGCCCACGCCGCUCACGUCGCUGGUCCCGCUCUCCCCACCAUCUCUCCCGGAGACCUCGCUGGUGCCGCCAUCGACGCCCAUGUUGAAGCUGCCGACCAUGUCCGCGCCGCCGCUGAUGCCGCCCGUGAAUACCAUGACCAGGCCUCCGAGCUCCACGGACAGGCCAUCAACGCCGCUGAAGACCACUCUUGGCAAGCCGUCGACGCUGUGAAGACCGCUGAGGCUCAGUUGGACGGUGCCGCCGCUGGCGCAGCCCCCGUGCUCGCUAAGCAGCUCGCUGGUCACGUCGCCGCUGCCCCCGCCGCUCUCGCGUACGGUGCCGCUCACGGUGUUGCCUACGGUGCCGCCCAUGGCGUCGCCUACGGUGCUGCCCCCGCCGUGGCCUACUCCGCGCCUGCGCUCGCUGCCAGCAAGACUGUAGUUAGCCAGUCCCUGUCCCAGUCCCACCCCGCCCCCGUGGUGCACGCUUCCUUCGGCAUUGCCCACGCCGCCCCCUAUGGUGUAGCCCAUGCUGCUGCCCCCGUCGCUUACGCUCAUGGACUCCACGGACACGCAUGGUAAACUGUGAUAAAAUUUAGAUACCAAAAAAAUAAUACUCAAUGUUUUGGAUUUUGUAAAUAAAUUAUAUAAAAAAAUACAGGCUAAACUGAGGCGAGGAUGUGUGAAUAAAUGAAAUAGUAAUUUUAUACA